AUGGUUUCGACAACCCGCCGGGACCAGAUACAAACAAGAAGCCGCACGAGAGAACAGGCGCACUCGACCGCCGCUUUACAUACCGCGAACGACAGCCAGUCUGGAAAGCAGACGGGGAGGGGCCCCGCGGAUGGCCCCCCCAGCAGUAACGUUGCAAGGGCUACUGUUGAACCAGUGCCGAACGCGAUCGAGCAGCAUCCGAGUGAUAGCUCUGGAAACAACAAGGCCGGCGUUCGCCGGAAAAUCCUCGAAUGUGCCAAAGCAUUACGUGAUAUCGUUGACGAUGCGGAGCUCUGGGAUCCGAUCACUGCGAAGACGAUCGAAGUCAGACAAGCAGAACGCACGGCGAACACUGCCGAUGCUGCCAGCCCGACGAAAGCAACUCCUUUGCGUGAAACAGCAAACAAAGAAACUCAGACUGAUGUAAAGCCAUCUGCUCGAGUUUCGGAGGCAAUACUUGCCAUCGAUUCCCUCUCUCGAACGCGAGCGGUACUUGAGCUGCGUCAAGGCCACCUGAGUCGAGCGCAAGAGAAGCUUCAUCGCCGCGAAGCACACCUAUUGAACAUGUUUAGCAAGUAUACAAUGAACGGCACUAAUGAGCAGCACAAGCAUAGCCUGACAGCAGAAGAAUUGGUCAAGCGUUGUGUCGCUAUAACAAGUGCUCAGAGAUCUGCUGUGCAGAGGUGGGAACGAGCCAAAAAGCUGGAGGCAACAAUGAGAGACAUACUCAAGAGAGUACAAACCAGGGUCGAUGCUCUCCACCAAAGCAUUCCAGAAAUGGCUCGCGCAGCAUUGGCGCCAGCACCAAAUCCAAAUGCCGGAGAACUUCUUGCACUGGUCAUGGAGAAGGCAAAUAAACAAACACCUGCCUCUUUGUUUACAGAUAGCCCAGAUGACGAGGAGGACGAGGAAGUCCUCGACGGAGAUGCUCCAGGCCAGGCCAUGGCGCCACCAGCUGAGAUUGCCCUUCGAAGAUCUGCUAUGUCGCAGCUGAUCGGACGGUGCAAAGUCGCAAAAGCCAAAAGAGAAACCAGUCGGGCGUGGUCAGCAGCCUUCCUUCGUUCCAGGACGAUUGAGCCUUUGCCCGGAGAGACCCAGGCCGAGCUGAAUAGGAGAUAUCUGGAAGCUUUGCAAGUGCUGAACGAAGAUGUGCGCGUGGCAGAAUCCGAGUUCAGCGAAGUGGCCAGAGAAGCGCAAGACCAAGAUGUUGUGUCAACGUCCUCGAUGUCAGGUCGGUUUCCACUAUAUGACAGAUACCCUGAUUUCGGGGCGGCGGAAAGGCAAGCUGAAAUCGAUCAUUCCAUGCAACAUACUGAUUAUGCUGCAAUCGACGAAUGGGUUCCUCGGCCGGGGACUGGCCUCAGUAACGAUGUCGACCGAACGGACCUUACAGGAUCAGAGUCUGGAUGGUACGAUGGCUUGUUGGACGUCGCACUGGGCGAAGAAGUCAAUGACUGGGAGACCGACCAUCGUCGCCGCAAGUACAUAGACUCGUGGCAAGAAGAUCCCUGGUCACUCUUUGAGCACCAGAUGGAGGUCGAAUGGCCAGACGCGAGGGUCGACCGGCCAGAUGUGGGUAGAUGGGGUCCUGAUCUGGCGCCCGAAACAAUCGACAGGCGCGAUACAACAACGAUUGUUGAGGCCGAGGAUCGUGGGAUCCCAGUCGAACAGCUCGAGACGCGUAGUGACCCUGGAGUAGGCGGUUCGUCAAAUGGGAGCUCCGACGUUGGUGCGCGACCAAGAAGACGCGGUAUGUGGGCUGCGUGUCCGCAUAUGUAG